UCGGCGUGCUCAUUUGAACAAGAGGAACCGCUACGAAGCACGGCAGAAGAGCGGCCUAGUACCGAUAAUUCUACAUUAAGGCAAUAUUGAAACGUUAAUCGACAACUGCCCUUGAGGUAAAGAUAGAGUUAAAUGCUUAUUUUCAUGCCGGGCACAUUGUGACCACCCAGCCGGGAACUGCCGUGUCGACCAGGCCUGAGCUAGAAGGGCAACUUUGGCAACGGAUGGAGUGGCAGCCAGAUGAGCAGGGACUCCAGCAGGUCCUUCAGCUGCUCAAAGACUCCCAGUCGCCCAACACAGUCACACAGAGAGCUGUCCAACAAAAACUUGAACAACUCAACCAAUUCCCAGACUUCAACAAUUAUCUCAUCUUUGUCUUGACAAGACUUAAAACUGAAGAUGAGCCGACCCGCUCUCUCAGUGGUCUGAUACUGAAGAACAAUGUCAAAGCCCACUAUCAAAACUUCCCUCCGACUGUUGCUGACUUCAUCAAGCAGGAAUGUCUCAACAACAUCGGAGACCCUUCGCCACUUAUCAGAGCUACAAUUGGGAUCCUGAUCACAACUGUGGCCUCUAAAGGGGAGCUGCAGACAUGGCCCGAGCUGCUGCCUCAGCUCUGCAACCUGCUCAACUCAGAAGACUACAACACCUGCGAGGGAUCGUUUGGAGCACUGCAGAAGAUCUGCGAGGACUCGUCCGAGCUGCUGGACAGCGACGCUCUCAACAGACCGCUCAACAUCAUGAUACCCAAAUUCCUUCAGUUCUUCAAGCACUGCAGCCCCAAGAUCAGGUCCCAUGCUAUUGCCUGUGUGAACCAGUUCAUCAUUGGAAGAGCUCAAGCCCUGAUGGACAACAUCGACACCUUCAUAGAGAGCCUGUUUGCGCUGGCAGCAGACGAGGACUCUGAGGUCCGGAAGAACGUGUGCCGAGCUCUGGUCAUGCUACUGGAGGUCCGCAUCGACCGGCUCAUCCCCCACAUGCACAGCAUCAUUCAGUACAUGCUGCAGAGAACCCAGGACCCUGACGAGAAUGUGGCUCUGGAGGCCUGCGAGUUUUGGCUGACUUUAGCAGAGCAGCCGAUCUGUAAGGAGGUGCUGUCAGGACACCUGGUGCAACUGACACCGAUCCUGGUGAAUGGGAUGAAGUAUUCAGAAAUAGACAUCAUCUUAUUAAAGGGUGAUGUUGAGGAGGACGAGGCCGUGCCAGACAGCGAUCAGGACAUCAAACCGCGUUUCCACAAGUCACGUACUGUCACCUUGCAGCACGAAGGAGGAGAGGGUGAGGAGGGCGAGGACAUUGAUGAUGAUGACGACGAUGAUGAUGACGACACACUAUCCGACUGGAACCUGCGUAAAUGUUCAGCAGCAGCGCUGGACGUUCUGGCCAAUGUGUUCCGAGACGAACUGCUCCCCCACCUCCUGCCGCUCCUGAAAGGUCUGCUCUUCCAUCCAGACUGGGUCAUCAAGGAGUCUGGCAUCCUGGUGCUGGGGGCCAUUGCUGAGGGCUGCAUGCAGGGCAUGGUUCCCUACCUGCCUGAGCUCAUCCCUCACCUCAUCCAGUGUCUGUGCGACAAAAAGGCUCUGGUGCGCUCCAUCGCCUGCUGGACCCUCAGUCGAUAUGCACACUGGGUGGUCUCCCAGCCUCCGGACUCCUACCUCAAACCCCUAAUGACGGAGCUCCUUAAACGCAUCCUGGACGGCAACAAGAGGGUGCAGGAGGCCGCCUGCAGUGCGUUUGCCACUCUGGAGGAGGAGGCGUGCACGGAGCUGGUGCCCUACCUGAGCUUCAUCCUCGACACUCUGGUGUUUGCGUUUGGAAAGUAUCAGCACAAGAAUCUGCUCAUCCUGUACGACGCUAUAGGAACGCUGGCGGACUCAGUGGGUCAUCAUCUCAAUCAGCCGGAGUACAUUCAGAAAUUGAUGCCACCUCUUAUUGCUAAGUGGAACGAGCUGAAGGAUGAAGACAAGGAUCUGUUCCCUCUACUAGAGUGUCUGUCGUCAGUAGCCACGGCCCUGCAGAGUGGGUUUCUGCCUUACUGUGAGCCUGUGUAUCAACGCUGUGUCACGUUAGUCCAGAAGACUUUAGCUCAGGCUAUGAUGUACAACCAGCAUCCAGACCAAUAUGAAGCCCCAGACAAAGACUUCAUGAUUGUUGCCUUGGAUCUGCUGAGCGGCCUGGCUGAAGGUUUGGGCGGUCACGUUGAACAGCUCGUGGCUCGCUCCAACAUCAUGACUCUUCUUUUCCAGUGCAUGCAGGACACGAUGCCUGAAGUGAGGCAAAGCUCCUUUGCUCUGCUCGGUGAUUUAACAAAGGCCUGUUUCCUCCAUGUGAAGCCCUGCAUUGCUGAGUUCAUGCCCAUUCUUGGACUCAAUCUGAACCCGGAGUUCAUCUCAGUGUGCAACAACGCCACCUGGGCAAUCGGAGAGAUCUCCAUGCAGAUGGGUGCAGAGAUGCAGCCGUACGUUGGGAUGGUUCUCCCACACCUGGUGGAGAUCAUCAACAGACCCAACACGCCCAAAACCCUGCUGGAAAACACAGCCAUUACGAUCGGCAGACUGGGAUAUGUCUGUCCUCAGGAAGUGGCGCCACAACUGCAGCAAUUCAUCAGACCGUGGUGUUCUUCGUUGAGGAACAUCAGAGACAACGAGGAGAAGGACUCGGCCUUCAGAGGAAUCUGUGUGAUGAUUGGGGUGAAUCCUGCUGGAGUGGUGCAGGACUUUAUUUUCUUCUGUGACGCUGUGGCUUCCUGGGUCAACCCCAAAGACGACCUGAGAGACAUGUUUUAUAAGAUCCUGCACGGUUUUAAGGAUCAGGUCGGUGAAGAGAAUUGGCAGCAGUUCUCGGAGCAGUUUCCUCCUCUUCUUAAGGAGCGCCUGUCUGCCUGCUACGGCGUCUAACCCAGACACCCCUGGUCCACACAGGACACAGACCUGUUAGGUUCUUCUAGGGGAGGGUAACUGGGGAACUCAUUGCACUGCCCAGAUUGUGGGGAGAAACGAGAGCUGGAGGGAUGUGACUGGUCUUGAUCCUCCUCUCGGCGGACGGCUCCCUUUCCCCCCGCGCCCUGUGUGUCUCUGUGAGGGAGGGUGGGAGGAGGGUGGUGGGUGUGGGAGGGUAAACUGGGGAUAUACAUAUACCUCUCGGAUUAAACACCUCACUAAAUCCAACACGCUCAAAAGUGACUUUCGCCAACAGCACCGCAGGGAUCCUAAGUAGGCGAGGACAUAACCGGGGUUCUUCGGCCCGUCCCCCUCCUCCAUUUGAUAAUUCUGUUAAGAUAGGUAACGGCUGGGAGGGGAGGGGGGGUCAGAUAGGUACAUUUAAAGGAAUUAUCUGAACCAGCAGUCCCAAACACCACAACACACGCAGUCAGUAGAAUGACUCACACAUAGAUGUGUUCAAACAGGCUUGUGCCAGAGGCUAAACAUGCUUUUACUGAAACAAUGCAGGAAAAUGUGCACAAUUCAUUUGCACCUUUUAUGGCAUAAACAGUUGUUGUGCACAAACAUGGGUCUUUUUUUCUCUUUUCACAUGUACAUUCAGCUCAGUUUAAUUUCCUUCCUCUUUUCUUGGUUGCUUAAUCCCUCUCGAUUCAUAGGUCUCCUUUUUUUUCCGCCUUCGUUCAAGGCAAAAAAAGAUGCAGUAGAUCUGUUCUUUAAGGUUCCACCACCGCAGUUAUUGCAUGUCAUAUUUUCACCUCAUUAGUGACGCAUGUUCGAGUGGAUUUUUGUUAUUUUCUCACCUGAUUUAUUCUGUGAACUGUUGUCGGUUUGAAGGAUGCUGCCAUAAUCUGAAGCUGUAGGCUGCGUGGUUCUUUCGUCCUCCCAUCAUGCAUUUUGUCUAAUCAAUAUAGUUUAAAGGAGGAUUUAUAUUUGUGUGUGCGAGGAGAACAUCUGCAGGUAGAUUUAUAACGGGAAUCUGGUUGUUUAGGGGAAUCGGUCAGUACGUUUACAUGCAGUAGGAAAAGUUGAGUCAGUGUGUUGAUGCAACUAAAACUGGACUUUUUAAAUACAAGGAAACGUUUUUUGAUAUAGUCCUUAAUCGAAUUUCUUGUUGCAAGCGACUUUAAUCUCGCUUAUUUUCCCCUCAAACAGACCCAAACUGGACUAGGCCUUCAGAGCACGCUCCACAGCUUCCAUGCAGGGCUUUGACCUGGACGUAAAUCCUGCAUAACAAUGGUCGUAGCUGUCGAUCUUUGGCUAUCACCACUUUAGAGUGAGUGCGUGUUUGCUGCGUGACGAAUGCAGCGUGUGUCAUCUCUGGCUUGUGCUGUGAUGGCCUUUUUGUGAGUUUUUGUCAGUGAAUCUCCCUACAAGUGACCAGUUUUACUGUUUAGCUGAGUCAGGAAAAGUCCGAAUAAAAGCAUUCUGUAUUUAGCAUUUCUGUGGAGACACAGAAAUGCUAAAUGGGACUUUUACUUUGAAAAGCAUAAACCAGGAGUGUCAGCACACUCAGUGUUUCCCUUCCCUGUUACAUUUUCUAUCAAUGAGGAAGCUAAACCCUCGAGCUACAGUUGAAGUAGAGAAAAAACUGAAUCAGACUGAUCCAGUUGAGCUUGUCCCCAAGAAGCACACUGCAAACAUUUUCUAACAGUGUUUAAAAAUGUCCUUUUCCUGGUUAGAUGGCGCUCAUACAUGCAGCUUUGAAAGCCCUGACCGUUCACAUGCACACCAAAAUAAAAUCAAGCCAUCACGCACCCAGUCUGAAAAGUCCAUGAUCUUGACAAUAAUGCUCAUCGUACAGGUACUUAAAGUGAAGAGUUGGGAAUGAAAUAUCAAAAGAUUAUUUUUUUACAGUUUGACAUAAAACCUGUUUAGCAUGGCACACUCUAAAAGACUGUUAAAACCUUAACUGGUUUUGAAAUUCAACAAAACCCAACAUAUGAUGACAAACUAGCUUUUUUAAUUUAGCUUAAGUUCAAAAUUUGUUUAAAAGGUGUUAAUUUUUAACUUUUUUGACCUGAAAAGUCAGUUCAGUUUUGAGACAUACAUCUAGGACAUUACAAAGAUGGAAAUUUACAAGAACACAAAAUUCUCAACUACAGAGUUGUAAAUUUUGACUUUAUAAACCUGAAAAGUUCAAGUUUAGGAAGUCAUUUAUUUACAUUAUAAAGCCGUAAAUGUACAAGUAAACAAAAAUGAAAUUCUCAACUUUAAAAAGCUGUAACUUUUGACUUUGUAAACUUGAGUUUAAGGCAUAAACUUACAUUAUAAAGCCAUAAAUGUACAGGAAAAACACUAAGUUAUCAGGCUUAAAAAAUUGUAAAUUCUGACUUUAGAAACCCAAAAGCUUGAGUUCAUUUAGUCAUAAAUUUGCAACAUAAUCAAAUUGUAACUUUACAUGACAAAAAUCAAAUUCUCAGGUUUUAAAAGCUGUACAUUUUGACUUUUUAAACCUGAAAAUUGUAAGUUUAUGACAUCAGAAUUUUACAACCUUGUGAAGCUUUUACUGUUAAACAAAAAUCAAAUUCUUGGGUUUAAAAUGUUGUACAUUUUGAUUUUAUAGACCCAAAGUAUUUAAGUUUAAGUUACAUAUUUAUGAUACUCUAAACCCUAAUUGUACAAGAAAAACAUGAAAUUCUCAGGUUUACAUAGUCCUACCUUUUGACUUUGUAAAAUAGACAUUUUCAGGUUAGUUCAGCCUUAAAUUUAAGACAAAGUUAUAAAUUAACAAAGAAGCAAACUUAAAAGCAUAAAUGCUUCAGCUGGUAUGAUUUUCUUCAAUGGUUUUCGACAUCAUAAACUCAAAAAUGAAAACAUUUUUAGGUCUUUGUCAUACAUUUGAGUUUUGAACUUAGAAAAUUAAGCUUUUUUUCUUAAAAAUUAACAUCUAGUUGUUAAAUCCUGAAGUCCAUGUAACUAUCUUUGACAUGGCUGUGUUUGCUGUGCUUUCUCUACAUAACAAUCUUGCUUCCUGGCUGUCCUUGGCGUCCCCACAUACAACAGGAUUUUAGAUCAUAAAUUUUUAAUAUGUCUGAUCAUCUUUGAGCAGGUUAGAGAGUAAAAGAUCACUCUUAAAGAUGCCUCACACCACUGGAAAACCUGCCGAGAUAAUCUUAAGAACCGUCAGAUACUCUGGUCUGAAGGGAAAGUCUGACCCAGGAUCGGCAUGAUCAUUUUGUAGCGUGUGCCAGGCUUGAGUUAGCGCGGUCAUCCAAACUUUGUCGAAAGCAGGAAAGGAGGCACAGCUCCACUGAGCUUUAUGGAGUCUGACAAACUUCCUGUUUCCAACCAUGACUCUACUCUCUGAGCAUGUAAACGCACUGACUCUUCAGAUACUGUAGGCAAGUUGAGAAUCCUUUUUGCUGCUGUUGCUGCUUCAUAUUUAGAGUAUUUACAAACCAGACGUAAUGAGAGCGUUAAGACAUCACCAAGAAUGAAUUGGUUCUUACUGAUAUAAUGCACUUUUUUCUAAGAAAUUUAGAGCUGUAAGACAUACAGUGAUAUUAUACUGAUCUUGAUUCAUAGUUUUUUUUUUGAUAAGUGAUUUUAGGACUGUUAUUGGCUUGCUAAAGUAAGCAUAAUGAUGGUAAUGUUGAGCAAUGGUAAAAAGACUAGGGUAAGACUCGAGGCCUCUUUAACAUAGUUUUAUAAUGUAGCUCCUAAAGUGGAUUAAAUAAGAGGAGGGAGACGUCCUUAAGACAGUAUUUGUGCACCUGUAAAUCCACAUCUGUUUGUGUUAAUCACCAUGUAUUUUUGUUAAUGAGCCAUCCAGGUUUCCUCCAGUGUCCGAAUCAUUGCAUGCUUCUCAGUGCUUUCUGUCGUUUUAUAAUCGGCCUGGUUCGGAGGCCGUUUAAGAGCUUUGUCAUUGGUGAUGCAACUCUCAGCUGGGCCAAUAAGGUACUCCUCCAGCUCCGGAUCGAACUCGUGAUUGUUGCUGCCAUAUUUUCGCCCGUUGAUACUGUGUAGGAUCUGCCUGGGAAUACACUGACUCCUAAAAGUCCACCCCUAACACUGGUUAGAUUGUUUGAGAGCGAGUGGCGGUCGAUAUUCAGCUUUAUCUUUUAGUCUUUGUCCACAGUGGACGGUUGUGAUGGAAGCAUGUGUGUGAGUGUUUGAUAUUGAUAUUAAAGUGUGCAUGUGAGUUCUGCUUAGACGUAAAUUUGCACCAGCCCUACAAUAAAGAAACGUUCAGGGAAGAGUUUGAGUCGUGCCUGGGUUUACGCAGCCGCAGAGGGAAUCCGGAUUUGCCUGCCAGUCGGUAAUGGUUUGAGUUCUGAUGAGCUGUGAUAGGAAAACACGAAUAACUCCGCUCAGAAAACAAGCAGAGACAAAAGGGCUAACCCAGUAUUAAAAUAAAAAGACCACCUUACAAGUAAGUCAAAGGAAAGUCUCCAUAUUGAUGAAAUUCAGUAAGAAAAAGGUUGUAUUUUCACAAGAAAAGGCCCUUAUUAAAGGAGAAAAUGGAAUUUUUAUACUGUUUAGCUGAUGAUAUCAGAAGAGCAGCCAGCUAACUACUCUAAAAUUAAUGGUUUUAAUUGAUUCAUUGUCUUGAUGGAUAAUCUGGAUUUUGAAAACUAAAAGCCUAGAUUCCUCUUGAACAUUUCUGCCUCUCCCCUUUAGCUUUGCCGUAUAAAUAACCAGCAGUCUGGUCAGAAACACUUUGUCAAAAUGAGAAACAUCUGUGCAUUUUGACUUUUUUCUCACAAAAAACAAUUAUAGUAACACAACAACCAUUUAUUUCACUUUAUUGACUCUUGAUAAAAACUAUUUUAUCACCACUUUAUUCAUUUUUAGUAACAAUAAAUCUGUCGACUUGUCAAAGUAUUUUGACUGUUUUUCCUUCAAAAUUAGGACGCAUUUUUUUUAUUACAACCUUUUUGUCAGGAAAUAACGCGUUUUCUUGUAAUCCAACCACUUUUUCCUUCAGACAUGACUUACUGUCUUAUAUUUAGGCUAUUGUAAUUUUAUUUAUAUUUAUUAUGCUUAGAUCAACUAAUUGAAACAUUUCAGGAUUCUGGAGUUUAUCAGGACUUUUUCUUCAUGGGAUAAGGGAUGAUUAAUCUCUGAUUUCUCAAAAGUUUUACGUCUAAUUAGGCCACUUUAUUCUGGUUUUAUUGUGACUUUAUUUUGCAGAAUUUAAGACUGAUAUUUUACCACUUAAAAUAUUUUGGCUGAUUUUCCAUUUAUUACCCCAUAAAACCAGAGAUUAUUAUGUGUACUGUACUUUUCUCCCAAUAUCCUCACUCCAUUGGAGAAAUUUGACUAUUUUAGUUCAACUUUAUCUUUGAUUUAACACUUUAUUCAUCUAAAUUUAAAAUGUCUGAUGCCUUUAAUGUGGCCUUAACACUUUGCUGAACUUUCUUGAGCCACUAUUAAACUUUUUUUUGUAGAUUAAGCAUUUGACACAGUAUUUAUAAACCUUUGCGGUGUCUUGCCGACGUUACCUGGCGGGCAAAUCUGUGAUCUAAUAUGGCCGCUGUGUAAUCCCAGGCUGACUGAACAGGUGUGUUUCUGGAGCAGCACCUGGUGAAGCGGUCUUUACCGCUCCUCCAUGUUGUGAUACACUAAGGUAAAAAAAAAAAAAUAAUAAAAAAUCAAGAUGUCCACCAUUUUUAUUUUUAUUUUUUUUAUUUUAUUUUGAUGCUCAUGUGACCUUUUGUUUUUAUUUAUUUUGUUUUUUUAUUUUAAUUUUUUGUGUGGAGUCGCACAAAUUUUCUUUUGGACUUUAAAAGUUUUUUUUUCUUUUUUUAUUCUUUUUAUUUAAAGAAUUAUUUUGUUUUCGUUGUUUUAUAGCGGACCAUUUGAUUUUGUUAAAUCUGAAGUUGUGGUAGGACAGAAGACGAAGAGGAGGAGGAGUAGGUGCUCGGUGCAAACCUCGGGGAAAGACGUGGAAUAAUAAAUUCUUGACUUUGUUUCGAUCUGAUAUCCAAACUGGCACGUGACUAUGAUGUAGUUCCUUUUUGCUCAACAUGUGGUGCAGGUGGGAUGUUAUCCGAUGUAUCCCUUUUUAUUUAAUUUUUGUGAAUAGGGGUAAAUAAAUUUUUUUUCUAUUAA